AUGCUAGAUCUAAUAAAGAAAAAGUUCGAGAAGAAGAAGAAGAAAGCAGAGAAGAAGAAGAAAGAGAAACAGUAUCAGAAGAGAUCGAAUACUCAAACAAAGACGACUGGAAAGAAAAAGAAAAAGAAGAAGAAAGAUAAAAAGAGGAAGAGAAAUUCGAGAUCAAGAGAUUCGUCGAGUUCCGAAGAAUCAGAGAGUUCAGAUGAGAGUCAGAAACAGUUGAAAGCGGUUCAGUCGAAGUUAGCCAUUGAUGCAGCCAAUAUUGAUAAAAAGUAUCAUAUGACCGGAGCACUGAUCAAAAAGCCAGAAGACCCUCCGAAUUUCGCCCGAAAACUAUUGGAUGUUGAGUGGAAAGAGAUGACAAUUGAUCCGAGUUUAACAAAUGACGUUGUCAAAACAUUGGAUGUUUAUCUCAAAAAUCAAGCAGAAUUGAAGUCAACGGACUAUAUUAUCAUUGCUGAAAAAACUGACGAUUACGAUAAAAAGGAGACGUCUCGUCUAAAGAUUCUGACGAAAUACGAUGAGGGACGCUUUUCAGCAAUCUAUAUGGUGCAGAACGAAUCUGCUGUGGAUAAUGAUGUUGUGUCGGUUGGAAAUGGGCGAUUGAUGAUGAAAACUGGUUUGAGACAACUAUCAAGUCGUCAAAUAAUUAAUCGUCUUUCGAGAGAAAUCAAUGUUCUGAAGACAUUGUGGUCGAAAACGAAUGAUCUUCCUCAACGAAUUCCGCCUCUUUAUCAUCAUGGAAGAAUGAUUGGAGUUCCGUUUUAUGUCACUAAUAUUUAUGAUGUGAAUCUGGAAAAAUGUCGAGAGCAAAUGGGUGGAGGAACCUUUAGUGUUCAAUCCGCAUUUCAUAUUGCACAAGAAAUAUUUCUGGCAAUUAAGUUUCUUCAUCGUCGACAACUCGUACAUCGUGAUAUAAAACCAACAAAUAUCGUUUUGAGUUAUCAAAAUCGUGAUCAUUGGUACCUAAUUGAUUAUGGAGACACUAUUUCAGUUGGAAAGAACUCUGCAUUAAGCCCACCAGAUGGAAUCACUCUGCCGUUUUUAUCAUUGGAAGCUCAUGAUUUGUUGAAUACCAACUCUUAUUCCUCAUUCCAACAGGAUACAGAAUCUUGGUUUUACGUUUUGGUGGAUCUAUUGAAACCACUUCCGUGGCGAAAUAACAACAAAAUCGAGCAAGUGGCAACGGCCAAACGAGAAUUCUUGAAAAACAUUCCAAACCGUCAAACCGAAUUUCCAGCCGCAGUUAUCGAUAUUGCCAGAGUUCUUCGCACCGAUACACCACCAGUGUAUUCAGAAAUUUCUCGGAAAAUUACCGAAGGAUUAUCAGUGAGCAGAAACACGACUUCUGGAGAAAAAUGGAUUCCAGAAUGGUAUGAUCGAGCAGCAACAAAGAAAUUGAAAGAACAGAAAGCACUGAGAAGGAAGAAAUCAAGAGAAGUGUCAGAGGCAGAAACUACUGCGACUAUAACUGGAGAUAGUCUAGAAACACAAGUAGCUGAUAAAAAGGACAGAAGUGUUUAUGCAACUGAACCUCAACAAUUGGGGAUUUUGAAUCGAAAGAAAGUUUCAACUCCUCCUCCAAAUCCUGGAACGACUACAAAUAGAAUGGCAGUGAUGGUUGAUGAUGAAGAACCACAGAGACGUAGUCCCGUUCAGAAGCAACAAGAACGCUCUGUUUAUUUUACUGAUAUUCCAAUCAUUUCGCCAGACAAUGGAGCAAAGAAGAAAUAUCGAUACAAACCGAGAAAGUGA